GGCGUGGGCCAGUGGUUGGAAAGCUCCUGGGUCUGGUCUUCACCUCGAGUCCCCGCCCUCUGCCUCCUUCCCCGCCCCUUCCUACCUCCGCUCUCCUCCUCCUCCCCCACUCCUUCCCACCUCCGCCCACUUGACGCGAUGACGCACCGCAGGUUUGCGGACGUGGCGGCGGCGCACGGCCCGGAAGGCGGAGACGUUGGCGGCAGUGGCGGCAGAAGACAGGGGCAACCCAAAACGGAGGGUUGGUCAUGAAUUUUCCCGGGACAGGAGCCGUGGCGGCGGACCUGGCAGCCGGCUCCUUGUUGUGUCCCCGCUGCUAACAGAACAGAUUUUGACAUGGCAGGGAGACAUCAGAAUCGUAGUUUUCCUCUUCCAGGAGUUCAUUCAAGUGGUCAAGUACAUGCAUUUGGAAAUUGUACAGACAGUGAUGUGUUGGAGGAGGAUGCUGAAGUUUAUGAGCUUCGAUCCAGAGGAAAAGAGAAAAUCCGAAGAAGUACAUCAAGAGAUAGACUUGAUGACAUUAUAGUUUUAACAAAAGAUAUACAGGAAGGCGAUACUUUAAAUGCAAUAGCCCUUCAGUACUGUUGUACGGUAGCGGAUAUCAAGAGGGUUAACAAUCUCAUCAGCGACCAAGACUUUUUUGCCCUUAGGUCUAUUAAAAUCCCAGUUAAAAAGUUUAGUUCAUUGACUGAGACACUUUAUCCUCCAAAAGGAAGACAGGCUUUACGUCCUUCGUCUGUUCAGUAUGUUCCAGAACAACAGGAAAUUUUGCUAGCUAAUGAUUCUCUUUCUUCCACUGAGUCAGCUGAUAACUUUUUAAAAGAAGUAGAUCGAGACAUAGAACAAAUAGUAAAAUGUACAGACACCAAAAGAGAGAACCUUAAUGAGGUAGUAUCUGCUUUAACAGCACAACAAAUACGUUUUGAACCUGAUAACAAAAACACUCAACAUAAGGAUCCUUAUUACGGAGCGGACUGGGGAAUAGGGUGGUGGACAGCUGUAGUGAUAAUGUUGAUAGUAGGUAUAAUAACGCCAGUAUUUUAUUUGCUGUAUUAUGAAAUUUUAGCUAAAGUGGAUGUUAGUCACCAUUCAACAGUGGAUUCUUCACAUUUGCAUUCAGGAGUGACACCCCCAUCACAACAGAGAGAAGUAGAAAAUGGAAUUGGUCCAACUAAAAGAAUACCCUUUGGCCAACAUGAUCAUAAACUAUAUCGUCAAGAUUCUCAGUCACCUGCUGCUCAGCACAAAACAUAGCAGUUGGCUCAUAAUUGCAGUGUUAAUGAUCAUGUAUAUCUGGCAUGUGGUGAAUCAGUUAUAUUCAAUAACCACUUUAAAGGCAGAAGUUAGGGAGAUUGAAGAUGCUUUUGUUUUUCACCCUUUUUUUGAAGCCAGUUACAAGUAGAUUGAGUAUGAAUUCCUACACUUGCUAGUUGUUGAUAUUGAAAGCUGUAAAUCUAUAUCUGUUGUAUUAAUGCUUAAAGCAAAAAUGAAUUUAAAUAUGGGUCUAGAAGUUCUUAACUCGGAAAAUGCAUCAUUUUUCUUAUUCAAGCCUGGUUAUGUUUAAAUUUUAUUUUUCAAAUUAUUUUUUGGUUUAAAGUUAUUAAUAUUAAAUAUAUUAAGCAAAAUAAAAUUUAUAAGCGCCCCAGAAUAAUGUUUUGCAGUUAGGAAGUUGCCAUUUGGUCACUAGAACACUGGAUUAGGUCAAGACCUAAAAGUAAUCUUUGUCUCUUAAAGCUCUCUGCCUCUGCUUCUGUGAUUAUAAUUGCUUCUGUUAUUUGAAAGCACUUUUGUAAUUCUUUAAUGAAAAGUGUUAUAUGAGUUAGCAUUAUUUAGGAAAUAAAUCCUUACAUACUGUGAUAAGUUGUUGCUGUGUUAUAUGCAGUAACAUGCCUUAAUUACAUUUAAUGCCUUAUAAUAUUACUUUAUGUAAGCUAAUACAAGUUUUAGAAUUAAAAUUAAGGAUUAUUUCUGAUGGUCCAGUGGGAUUCAUAGGCCGUAUAAAUUCAUCUCCAUCUUCACUAUCAAGGAAAACUUCAUAGGGUUAAAACAGAUUUUUACUGGCUGCCUCUGGUCUGUUGGAGAAAGGGUUCAUUAAGCAAAAGCAAAGGUGCAAGAGAUCUUUUGCAUUAACAAUAACAGACAAAUUAUUUAUUGAUCCAUUAACCUACAUUUUUCAAAGAGGAAAUGUCCAACUUAGACCAUUUUUUCCCUCUGAACAUAGCAUCAGAUUGGGGAAACAGAGGCCACAGGUGUGUGGAUCAGUUGAAAGGGCUUGAUAGUGCUACUUUGUAAGAUUUGGUGGGGAUCAGACAUAGUCUGGCUAAGUAAGGAUCAUUUGCAUACUGAUUUCCAUCAUUUAAUUUCUUCAAGUAUGUAUUUUAAAAAUGUAACCAAAUGAUUCAUUAGAAGAAAGUUUGGUGGAGUCUGGAUUGCCUGUUUUGUGUAUAAUAAAGUGUGUACCUUAAAUUAUAUAACACCACCUCAUUUUCUGGGCAUUAUUUCCUAAUUUUUAAUGUUUCAGGUUUUAACUGGUCAUUUUAUAUUUCCAACUCCAAUACUGAUUUAAAAAAAAGAGGGGUGAAUAAGUACAUAUGGUAAAUGAAGUUUCAUUACUUUCAGGAGCAAAGUAUCAUAAAAAAAAAAAAAA